GCUUACUUAUUCGUUAUCCUUUUGGUUGGAGGAAGGGGAGUGGAUGCAGUAUUAUCCAACAAUGGCUUCUUCUCUGUUCUCCCUUUCAUCUUCUUCCAUCUCGACCAGAACGUCGCUCGUCUUUAAUCACUCUUCUUCUCCAUUUAAGGGAAACACAAAAAAUCUCAAAUCAAACCAAUGUUCCUUCCCGUCCAUAAUUAAGUUUCAGUCAAAGAUCAAAUUAGGUACCAGACCUGUUAUUGUUCUCAGUCGAGCUUCAGCGCUUCCAACUGCUAUUGAUGCGGCCUCUCCUGUUCGAUUCCGUCUGGACAAUCUCGGGCCUCAACCUGGCGCCAAGAAGAAUCGAAAGAGAAAGGGUAGAGGUGUAGCUGCAGGACAAGGAGGAAGUUGUGGAUUUGGAAUGAGGGGUCAGAAAUCAAGGUCUGGACCCGGCGUUCGUAGGGGUUUUGAAGGAGGCCAGAUGCCUCUUUACCGGCGAAUCCCGAAACUUAGAGGAAUUGCUGGAGGUAUGCAUGCGGGUUUGCCAAAGUACAUACCAGUGAACUUAAAGGACAUAGCAGAUGCAGGAUUUGAAGAAGGUGAAGAGGUAUCAUUGGAAACUUUGAAGGAUAAGGGUUUGAUCAAUCCAUCAGGAAGGGAUAGGAAACUUCCUUUAAAGAUACUUGGUGAUGGAGACAUAAGUGUAAAGUUGAAUUUCAAGGCUCGAGCUUUUUCAAGCUCGGCCAAGGAGAAACUCGAGGCUGCGAGUUGCUCCUUGACACUACUUCCUGGACGGAAGAAAUGGGUCAAGCCAUCGGUUGCCAAGAAUAUUGCCCGUGCUGAUGAGUAUUUUGCCAAGAAAAGAGCAGAUGCAGCUGCUGCUGCUGCUUCUUCUUCUACAUGACACGCCCAUCAUCAAAUAGUGAGAUUUGCUUAAUAUUCUCGAAAGAGUGAGUUUUCGUUUGAUGUUAUUUACUGUCUUUCGAUUUGAAUAGAGAUUGGUUUUGUUGUGUUUUAGCUCUCCAAAUGCUAUCAUCAUCUCUGCCCUUGUUUUAGGCAUAUCUUUGGUUUCUUGAUGUUUCAAAAAACAAAACAAAAAAAGACAUUUCAAUUUGGAGACAGGUUAUCUAGGAUGUUGUUGAACUGAACAGAUUUAGUGUAAAACAUCUUGUCAUUUUGUAACUGUAAAGAUCU